UUGUUCUUUUAUUCACGAACAUCAAUAGCGGAGACGUUUGAUGUCUUUAUGAUGUGCUGUGUUUCUUAAUGGUGAUAUAUUUACUUAAUAUAUGUGAGGAGAUUGUUUUCUUGUAAGUUAAUUAUGUAGGUCAAACUUCAGCGUUUUAACAAGCAAGCAAGAUGAUCAGCAAGGUUAAACUAUUUGUGAUCUUAGGUAUCGUGUUGGUCGUUGUUGUUGUUGCUGUUAUUGUCGGAGUUGUCGUUCAUAAAAACAGCGACGACAGCGACAGCGACGGCGACGGUACCAAAAUCGAUGAUUUUGUCGUUCAAACAGAAUGUGGACCUGUCAAGGGAAUAACAGAAAGGGUUCUUGCUUUUUCGACUGUCAAGAAUGUGACGACAUAUGUUUAUAAAGGUAUUCCUUACGCGAAACCCCCUGUUGGUGAUUUGAGAUGGGCUCCACCUGUUCGGUUAAGUGAUGACAAAAGAAAUUGUUGGAAGGGUACGUUUAUUGCGAAGACGUUUGGAAAUAAAUGUGCACAAGUUGUAAAGGGAAAGACUGUUGGUUCUGAAGAUUGUUUAUAUUUAAAUGUCCACACUCCUAAUCUGACAGGGAACUUACCAGUGUUUGUGUGGAUACAUGGAGGUGGCUUGAUGAAUGGCGAAGGCGAAACCUACGGUUAUUCACCAGAUAGCGAGUUUGUCGCAUCCAUGAAUAUCGUAUCAGUCAGCAUAAACUAUCGUUUAAGCGCCUUUGGAUUUUUAACAUUGAAGGAAUUAAGGAAAAAUGGAACAGAUGGAAAUUAUGGAAUAAUGGAUCAAAUACUAGUGCUGAAAUGGAUUCAAAGUAACAUCAAAAACUUUGGAGGUGACCCUAACUCUGUUACUCUCUGUGGAGAAAGUUCUGGUGGUACAGCUAUAUUCGCUUUGCUUGCUUCUCCAUUAGCUGACGGAUUGUUUCAUAAAGCAAUACCAAUGAGCGGAUCUCCUAAAUUUGAGAAAUCCUACAUCGAUGCUGAGAACGAGAAUCGUAUUUUUAUCAACAAUAGUAAAUGUAGAACGUUUAACACCUCAGACGAGAUUCGAACAUGCCUGUACGGUUUAAAUACAGAAGAAGUGAACCAAGCUGUUCCAGGACAGGUAUAUCCAUAUUGGGAUGGGCCAGACCUUUUUGAUUUCCCAACAAAGGGAUUCCUUGCGGGUGCUCUUGUUGUAGUUGAUGGAAAUGUUGUUCCUAAACCACCAAAGAAUCUAUCACAAAUCAACUUCAAUAGUGCAACGAAUGUUUCUAUUCUGAUGGGUUACACUGCCCAGGAGAUAAACGUUGAGCCAGUUAAAAGAUUUAUAGGCGAAAACGCUUCGUCUGAAGUUAAAGAAUUUAUUAAAGGUCGAUUGGAUAACUUUAGAUCAAAGUUUAUGAAUGAAGUGUGGGACGAUUUAUACAAGAGUCAAACUGAGAACUUAACAACUGAUAGAGAGGCGCAACAUUUAUACGAAACCAUGGCAACAGAUGUUAGAGUGAGCUGCCCGACAAACAAGUUAGCAAAGGAUUUCCGAAAAAGCAAGCAUCAUAACGUUUAUCAGUAUGUCGUGACCAAUGCACCUGCAACCCCUAUCAUCGCACCACCAAUCUAUUGGUUCAAUGCAUUUCAUAUUUGGGAUACUUAUGCUCUGUUUGGCUAUAAGAGUAUUAUAUUUGUAAUGAAGCAUAGCGUUUCUGGCAGCGAUAUCGAGUUUAUGAAAUCAAUUCGAGCAACUGUGCUGAAGUUUAUGAAGGAAGGUUCGGUAGACUGGAAAACCACGCAAACUGGUAUUUUCAAUCAAGAUGGUGGUGUCACUGUGAUCAACGAUGAUUACCAACAAAGACAGUGCGAGUUUUGGAAUGAUGCUAAAAACGGAUUUGUUCCUUAUGCUUGGAUCAAUUAAUAGUGUUUAACGAAGUUGGAUUUAUUUUCUUGUAUUUAAAGUAUACAGUGAAAAAGUCGUUGAGUAUCAGUAAUAAAAGUUGACAUCUUUUUUUUCGAUAACUUCUUUUUUGUUUUAUUUUAUUGUCAUACUACCAUGAUUUCGAGGAUAUUCGCAGCCAUAAUAUAAUAUAUCAUAAUUGAUAAAAAAACUAAAUUGAUUGCUAAUUUGUAAGGAGGUUUCUGAAACAUGCAUUUAUUCUAAUGCCGUUCAAUACAUUUUCAAGACUUCCGUAUGAUUAUUUGACUACUUCCUUCGUCUACGCUCUUUUUUCUCAUGUUCAUUUUGUUUUUAUUUCUGAUUGAAUUUAUUAGUAACGUUUGCACAUACAUUUAUUAUUUACGCAUUUCAGCAUUAAGAACUAUUGUAAUUUAUGAACGUUUGAAAUUACAUGUCGAGUAAAAUAAUAUAUUUUGCUUUACAUCGGUUCUGUUAAAUACACACCCGAGUGGUUGGGUGAAAUAUAUAGUAUGGGUCGUUGAAAAUAAAUGUCCAUCUUCUUGA